AUGGCGAGCGGACAGGCACUUCGCGAGAGGUACCUAAAGCCUCACCUCACGGCUCAAGGUCAUUACAAGGAACGUUUUGAUGUGCAAGCACGUGGUGCACCGGUCACACCUGUUAAGGGUAUACACAUUCUCUUGUCUGCAGGCGAAAAAGAAAGUGAAGAAAAUGAUGCUUUCGUCCGCUGGGUGCACCGCAUACGUCGCCUCAGCAGCAUGUCUGCUCUAAGAGCUAGUGUCAAUAUGGCUGAUGUGCGUCUCGAACGCAAUCUUCGGUAUGACGAUGCCAAGCUCAAGGCUAGAGGCCAAUUGCGUAAUCCCACGCGUGUACGCUUCGGCUACUACGGUAGCCGCGAGUGUUAG